ACAGAAAUGUAACAAUCUGCUCUGAACUACCAGAGAAGACAACCAAAUAUAAGUAGCUAGACACUGCGAAAGCCAUGUACUUUCAUGUUCUUUUCAAAUCUGCCCAUCGUGCCAGUGCGCAAUUGCGCAGGAAUGAACCCUUAAGCUGUGAGACCACUGGCAUGAGCGGGGGGGAAAAAUUACCGCAGAGCCUCAAGAGAAGGAGCCUUCCGUUUUGACCCCAUUUCCGAGAAACGGACUUACGAAUUCCCUCAGAAUAAUCAGGUGAACAUAUGAAAUCCCUACGAGGUAAUCUUUGACGCUGCUGGAAGAAUCGCUCCGUUUAUUGAAGACAUUUGGAUCCUGGGGAGAGUGAGCAUGACAAUGAAUUGGACUCGUAUACGUUGUGACCGCAACUCGCGAUGACAGUUUGCAACAGGACGGUGGAUGCACUAUUCAAAAGUCUGGAUAUUUGAGAGGAGGCACCAUGGACGCAGCGGACAUAGUUGCUUCUUUGUUAGUUUUGGGGAUUAUUGUGGUGUCGCUGCUGUCCAACGUUGUGGUGCUGAUCUGCUUUCUGUACAACCCGGAGAUCCGAAAACAGGUACCCGGUCUUUUUAUUCUCAACUUGACGUUCUGCAACCUGUUGCUAAGCGUGUCCAACAUGCCACUAACCCUGGUCGGUCUCAUCACCACGGGUCACCCCGGAGGCAGCGGCUUCUGUCAAAUUGUUGGUUUCCUCGACACUUUUCUUACCACAAACUCCAUGCUCAGCAUGGCAGCUCUCAGCAUCGAUAGAUGGGUGGCGGUGGUGUUCCCGCUGAGCUACCACUCAAGAAUACGGCACCGGGAUGCAGUGAUAGCACUAGGAUACACGUGGAUACACUCACUUUGCUUCUCCACAGUGGCUACCUGUCGCUCCUGGGUCGGCUACCACCACCUUUACGCAUCGUGCACUCUCUGCAAUGUCAGGGCGAAGGGAGCCGGGACGCAGUUCAUCGUUUUCACAGUGGCUUUGCACUCUCUCACUUUCCUCCUCACGCUGAUCGUGUUGUGUGUAACGUAUCUGAAAGUGCUAAAAGUUGCAAGGUUUCACUGUAAACGCAUCGACGUGAUCACUAUGCAGACGCUGGUGCUGCUUGUGGAUAUUCACCCCAGUGUACGCCAGAAAUGCUUGGAUGAGCAAAAGCGGAGGAGGCAGAGGGCCACCAAGAAAAUCAGUACAUUCAUUGGCACAUUUGUGGUGUGCUUCACACCUUAUGUCAUUACAAGAAUUGUAGAGCUCUUUUCCGCAGGGCCCAUAAGCCCUCACUGGGGUGUGCUGUCCAAAUGUCUGGCCUACAGCAAGGCAGCGAGCGACCCGUUUGUCUACUCUCUGCUGCGUCACCAGUACAGGAAGACCUGCAGCAUUCUGGCAAACAAAGUCCUCAAGAGGAGUCCACUGAACCCCUCCUCCCUCAGGACAGAGGGUAUCGCAGGGAGGAUCGAGAACAACUGCAGCGCAUCUAAAAACAUCCAGCCACCAACUUGAUCUGUCAAGGUCAGCACUUUAAAGCAGAGACAUAGGAAGUCUUAGGUUUGUCUUCUUACUUUGAGGGGAACACAUAAAGACUGCCCUCUGUGUAAUGGUGUUACAUGACAGUGAAUAUAUUUACCACCUAAUUAAUUGUUGAAAGACAAGACUGGCAGCAUUUUCAAAUUAAUUCCGUCCAUAAAAAAAAAUAAAAAAUCAACAAUGUGUUGAUCCAUCUGUCUGACUUUUUCACUUGGCUGUCUUUUCUAACGCACUCAGCUGCUCAGCUGAAUGCUCACUAAUUGUCUAGGGUUUUAUUUAUAAAAUUUGGUCACUAAAAAAGUAGUUGCACUUCAGUAGUAGGUCUGAUGCCCUAGCAACUAUCUACAACUGCAGGAUUAAAGAACAAUGUGUUAAUUUAAAAAUGUUGUGGGGUAAAAUAGGCGAGCCACUUUUGUAGGUUGUGUGUAUUGGUUGUAACGGCAGUAAGUAUUUAUUACAAACGGCCUUUUUAUCUGCAGAGAGUGACCGUUUCUAAAGGUUCUGUAGCAUUCUGGUAAAUCUGUGUCAAAAUAGUCUGUGUAACGUGGACCGCAACGUCAUGACGACGCCAUUGAGUCAUGUGGACCGGAGUGUCACCACAUCUCAAAAGUUCAGAAAGGAGUUUGAGUCAAACUGUUAUAUUUAUACUGAUGUUGUAACCAAUGAUCAUAAAAGAAACUCUCUGGAACCUUAAAUAUUCAAAUAUCACGUUUUGUCCCCCAACAGAACUGAAUGGCUUCAUGUCUCAGCUAUAAAGUCAUAACUUAUGACUUCAGCCAUGUUUAUCAAGCUGGAUAAAGUACUGUAUGUGUUCAUGGUAUGAUUUCAAGUAUAGUCUGGAGUUCACAGUGGUGCACGACACUGAUGGUUUUGUCGAAACGACUGUACAUUGUAACUGUGAGGCCUCAGUUCUAAAGUGCCUUUUAGUCUGUGAACUCUCUGAUUUAAUCAGAAUAAGAGCAGAGGAAAACUUUCACAUUCUCUCAGUAUUUUCAUGCUAUUGUUAUGUGUGACAGUUUGAGAUUGUCUUUUUAAUGUUUAUUUUUUUUAAUGCCACCUCAUUGCUUUGUAUGCAUAAGGUGAAGUAGAGUGGACUAUUAUAUGAAUGUGGUAGCAAGUAUUCAGUGACGUGUAAUUAACACUCCAGCUCACAUAGGAGGCUCUGUGACGUCUGAGUUGUAAAAAGAUUUAUUUUAACAACAGAUCAGGAUGUUGUGUUUUACUUUACUGUGUCAGUAUGAAGCAUUUAAAAGGCAAAAAAAGCUAUUUAUUUUUGUCAAAACUGUGUCAGAUUUUUUGCUAAAUACGUUUGUGAUCAUGACGCAAUAAAUGCUGUGCAUUUUGACAUUUU